GAGCGGACAGCGCCGGCAGGGAGCAGCGGGGCCGCGGCCGCCCCGGGACCGCACGGCGGCCAUGGAGACGCUGUACCGCCUGCCCUUCGCCGUGCUCGAAUGCCCCAACAUCAAGCUGAAGCGGCCGAGCUGGGUGCACAUGCCCUCGGCCAUGACCGUGUACGCGCUGGUGGUCGUGUCCUACUUCCUCAUCACCGGAGGAAUCAUCUAUGACGUGAUCGUGGAACCUCCCAGCGUGGGCUCCAUGACAGACGAACACGGGCAUCAGAGGCCGGUGGCUUUCUUGGCAUACAGAGUAAAUGGGCAGUACAUUAUGGAAGGCCUUGCGUCCAGCUUCCUCUUCACAAUGGGUGGCCUAGGAUUCAUAAUUCUGGAUCGAUCCAAUGCACCAAACAUCCCCAAGUUGAAUAGGUUUCUUUUGCUCUUUAUUGGAUUUGUGAGUGUGCUUUUGAGCUUCUUCAUGGCCAGAGUUUUCAUGAGGAUGAAAUUACCGGGCUACUUGAUGGGUUAGUACCUCUUGUGCUGUGUGAAAGUUCGAGCUGAAUUUCCUCCUCUUCACGAAGUAUUUUAAGAAGAAACAGCAAGAAAUGAGUUCCAUAGUCACCAUCAACAGCAGAGAGACCUGGCCACGAGAAACAACUAGGGAAAGAGUGCUUUCUCUGCAAACAAACUGGCACUACCAGUGGCUGAUCUGUAGUUUUCAAGCAAUGUUUUAUCAUUUCUGAUGUAGAGCUUUUGAAAAAGAGAAAGUUAUAUAGCUGAGUAUUUCUUUUAUAUUCCAUCUCAGUAUGAAGUAGAGAACCUACCUUAGCUCUACCUGAAAUGAGUACUCGUCAUUGACGGUUCUUUGUUGCAGGUCUGUCUCCUCUUCCUGGUUUGGGACAAUUAUGUGUGUGAAUCAGAGAAGAAACACUCAAAACAUUGAUUUCCAAGUUGUAAUCAGAAAAUUAGUAACUUUGGAUGCUUUACAGCCAGAAUGCAAUGUGUCUGAAAUUAUUGUGAAGGCAUCUUUGGCCUUAAUAUUAAUGAUAUGCUCUAUGUGAGCAAAUCCAGACAUGCACUGGGAAGGGCAAACUGUAUGAAUGUGCAUUUUUUAAAGAAAAAGUGUACAAAAGGAGCCAAAUAAAACUUAUUUUCUAAAAAAUUAUUUUAAAUUUGUGCAACUUGUAAAGCUUUUGCUUGUUUGUAUGGACUGUUCUGCAUUCAGACAUGAGGUGCCAUACCAUGACCACGUAAUUUCAGCUUUGAUUUUUAUUGUUGGAUAAUGAUUUUUUCUUUAGUAUCAGGGACAAGAAACCUCAUUUUCCAUGAAUUUGUACUGUAUGCAAACAACAUGCUGUUAUCAGUGGCCAAGAACACUUACUUCUGAAGCUGCUGCUUUUUUGUGUGAGACAAAGUUCCAGUUUGAUACGUCUUAAUUUUAAAAGAUAGAGUGUUGCUGAAAUGUUUUAAUUCAAGUAAUGUAUUGCAUUUUGGGAGAAGGACAGAUCCCUCUGAAUCACCAUAAAUGUCUUUUUUUGCAAUUCAUAUGUGUUUGAAGCACUAUUUUAAUCAGUACAAUAAUAUAAAGUAGAAAAGUUAUUUAUUCCUGUAAUUGUGAAGUAAGCAUUACUGUUCACAUACUAAUCAAAUAUCUGUGCUAGUUGUUAAUCAUCUGCCCUCAGGAUAUGUCACUUCCACUGCCACAUCCUUAUGAACGAUGUGACACUUUUGCAUCUGUUCAUCUUACACGUUUGUCAUUAAGAUUUAAGGUAGUUUGAGCUGUUUUAUGAGGCUCAUAACUGCAAAAUUUCCAGUCUUUUUGACACAGUUAUUUUUGGUCACUCUGGUUUUGGUGAGACAUAUGCUUACCUUCAGGGGGGAGUAUUGAUAUUAUGUAAGCAAAUAACUGCAUCUUAAGUUGUCUUUUUAAAUACUCUAGGAGGUAAGUCAAACCAGAAAGUUCACUCACUAAAAUCAAGACUCUUCUGGCUCAGUGCUUGUUGUAGUGCAGUUGAGCUUCAGUGUCCCGAGUUUGCAGCUGGUUCUAAAUGAGCAGGCACUUGAACGUGAUUUUAAAGGCACAGUUCAGUGCCUGUGCUCUGUGAAGUGCCAUCCACUGUAAUUGCAAAUUUUAAUUGUAGCUUGAAACAACAAUUGAAAUAGAUGUAAUUGCAAGGUAGAAUAUAAUUUUGGGAGAGCAAAACUAGGUGACUGCCUUUGCAAUAAAUAAGGCUGAAGGAACAUCACGGUUUUUUGGUCACAGACUCCCAGCUAGGUCUGGCAUGAUCAUCUGCACCAGUCUGGCACAGAGAGAACCAGGACAACAAAUGCAGAGCAUAAGAUGGACUACCCAGAAAUGAGGCACAUGGUAGGCUGGAAGAUGGCAGAAUGCCCUACUGGAGACUGGUUAAUUUUGAAAGCGGUUUGGAGGCUUCUUUGUCACCCAAGGUAAAAUUUCUACUGAGUCAAAUAAACUGCGAAGAAGAAGUA